CGUGAAGGAAACUCGCUCAGUCGAGAAUUAGACGCCAAAGCGUACGGUUAUCAGCUCUCCGUCUCUUUCAUACUCUGUCUUAUACUGUCUCUUUUUCACACAGCUGUCACUGUCUCUGUCUCCAACACACACACACACACACACACUUGCUCCCCCGCCGACUCCGGUGGAAAAGUGUGAAAAGUUGUAUACAACACAAACACCAUGUUUCUGGCCGUAAACCAGAGCCUACAAAAUGGCACCAAAAAGAAACGAAAACGCCGACCCCAGGCCUCUGGGCAACAGGACACCGACUCACCGGAUAGCCUAGAUGAUCCUGCCACCGCCCCCCCCCUUCAAGCAAUUCCGCCCCUUAAUUCCAGCGCCUCCAGCGACCAGCUGGUGGUCAAAGCUGCAUCCCCGGCCGAGUGUGAAGUGUGCCAGUGUCCGGGACGCAAGUCCUUGAUGCUGAUCUACAUAUACCUGGGCGCUCUCUCGCUCAUCCUGGCCAGCCUGACCAUCGUGUUCUACACACAGGAUCAGUCGGGAUCGGUGCCGAUCGAUAGUCCGGCCAGGACGAGGGAAUUUCGGGCUCAGUUCCAGGCGGAGCUGAUGCGAUCGGAGGAUGUCCUGCGAACAAUGGUCGGCCGGCUGCUGGAAGCCGAGCAGGAGCAACAGCAGCAGGAUCAGGCAAGGGCCGAGGCUCUCGAGAGCUCUGCCGCCAAUCAGAGGUCCUUCGAUCCUUUGAAGAACGAACGGAAGUUCACGGACAACCUGAUCAGCCACACACCCAGGCCCAUGGGAAAACGGAUGCGGAGGGAUGUUACCUCCUCCGAGCCGACUUCCUCCAUGCAUGCUGAUCCUGUCAUAGAGUUCUUCAAUCCCAACCACCGCAAGGUCCUCGAGGAACAGGACACGGAGAUCCGGAAGAGAACCGGCCAGAAGGGCGCUGCUCCCGGCGGUGAUGAAUGGAUCUAUUUGAACACCUAUUGCCGCGUCCCGGAGAAGAUCAUCACGGGCUUCUGCAAGGGCACCCAGGACUACUGUCCGCCGGCGCCUCAGGGUCCUGUGGGCGAGGCGGGUCCCAAAGGACCCACCGGUAAUCCUGGCCUGCCGGGUAUACCCGGUCCCAAGGGCAAUCGCGGGGAUGUGGGCCUGCCCGGAGCACCGGGUGUGGACGGAGUGGGUCACCAAGGACCAGCAGGACCUCGAGGCCAGAAGGGCGAUGCUGGCGCCGUGGGACGGGCCGGCCUGGACGGUCGGGAUGGAGUGCCUGGUGAGCCGGGACUCGACGGAGUGCCGGGACGAGCGGGAGCCGACGGCAAGAACGGUCUACCCGGAAGGGAUGGCAAGGAUGGACUGCACGGCAAGGAUGGCAAGGACGGCAUGUCCAUAACAGGACCCAAGGGCGCCCAGGGUCCACCCGGAGAAAGGGGCUUAAAGGGCAUUGCAGGACCUCGUGGUCGUCCUGGCAAGCCUGGUACUAACGGCACGCCUGGGGUUCCAGGAAUCAAUGCCUGGAAAAUGCAAUUCCCCAACGGCACCUCCUCCAACGAUCUCCUCAUUCCACCCUCGAUAACAGACCUGCAUAACCCGGAAUUCCAUCGCACGAUUAUUGUGGAGGAAGGCCGCUCCUUGAACUUGAGUUGCUCUGCCACCGGAAAUCCGGCUCCUCAAGUGGAGUGGCGCCGCGAAGAUGGUCGGACCAUUAAUGUCAAUGGCAUGGAGAUGGCAUCUAUUAGCGGGCAAUACCUAAAGUUCACCAACAUAACGAGACACCAAAUGGCGGCCUACACCUGUUAUGCCAACAAUGGAAUAGCUCCAGUUGCCAAUGCCACCUUCAUAGUGGAAGUUCAUUUUGCCCCCAUGAUAUCGGUCUAUAGACAAACUAUCUAUGCCGAGUACCAGAGCAGCGCCACUUUGGAAUGCCAAGUGGAGGCCUUUCCGGAAGCGAUUCGUUACUGGGAGAGGGCUUACGAUGGCAAAAUUCUAGAUCCCAGUGACAAAUAUGGCAUUGAAUCAUAUCCAGAUGGGAACUUUAAGACCUCUAUGCGUUUAACUAUCAGCAGUUUGCGGAAAGAUGACUUUGGUUACUAUCACUGUGUGGCCAGAAAUGAACUAAAUGCCACGAUGGUUAACUUUGAGGUGGCACCUCAAGAUCCAAAUAGUGAGACACCCUAUGUGGGAAACAGCAUCAAGGUUUAUGGCCAAAGACCACCAGAAAGUGAAUGUCCAGUUUGCGAUCAAUGUCCAGAUCCUAGUCUCUACCAAUGCAAGGACUCUAUAUUGAAUAAUUUUGAAAUACAAGCCACUGGUAAUCUCAGUUAUCCUGGCUUACCAAAAAGACAAAAAACCUGCUAUUUAUAUGCUGUUGGAAAACCAGUUUUCCACAAAGUCGUUAAUGAAAAAUUCGGUUCCUGGCUGAGAGAUCCUGCCCCGGAAAGUGAUCGGGAGAAGACGUUCGUCACCAACGAAAACGAUCCCUACAACCUAUUUGAGUUCACAACUCGAAUCCAAUAUCGUAUGAACAGUGUGCCCAGAAGAAAAUAUGAAAUACCCGAGGGUUUUUAUGGCAAUGCUCAUGUGGUUUUCAAUAAUUCCUUCUACUAUCAUCAAAGAAAUUCGGAUUUGGUGGUCAAGCUGGACUUGACAAGCCUUAAAAAGAUAACCACACAAUUACCAUAUGCCGGUGUGGCUGCUGCUAAUAGACUUUAUACCACGGACUACAACUACAUGGACUUUAAUGUGGAUGAAGUGGGUCUCUGGGUGAUCUAUAGCACCUACAACUCCAAUAAUACUUUGGUGGCUAAAUUGGAUGCUGAGACCCUUAAAAUGCAAUACAAUUUUAACAUCACUUUGGAUCAUCAUCAGUUUGGUGAAAUGUUUAUAGUUUGUGGUAACUUAUAUGCCAUUGAUUCGGGAACCGAUAAGAAUACACAGAUCCGAUAUGUUGUGGACUUGUAUAAGGGAAAACUACUAAAUACAAAUCUGCCCUUUUCAAAUCCAUUUAGCCACACCACAACAGUGGGCUAUAAUCCCUUGACAGUGGAACUCUACUCUUGGGAUAAAGGCAAUGCUCUCACAUAUCCCAUUCGCUAUAACGAACAGCGUCUGAUAACCGACAACAGUUAGGUUAUAUCUUUGUUUUCAAGAUCUUUAAGAUCCGAAACCAAGAUCUGAGAUAUAAAUCGCUCAAAUCGCACUAGUCUAAGGCUUAUUGAAUAAAUAAAAGAAACUGUUUUUUUUUCUAAUAAUAA